AACGAAUUUCAGUGUCGCAAAACCCAAAUUCUCCAGUCCAACUUUACCUAUUUCUGAAAGAAAGAUAACAUUUCUGGAGGAUCAGGCCACAAAGGUAAAGUUAUAAUGAAGUUGUUUUUGGCUUUGGUUCUUCUAUUUUUCAUCCCUCUCACCGGGGCCCAGGUUCCACACUGGGGUCCGUGCCCAGAACCGAGCGUUCAAGCUGCCUUCAGUCUUAAACAGUUCAUGGGGAGAUGGUUUGAAGUUGCCAAACUGCCAGCUGAGUUUGAGAGGGGAAGGUGCAUUGAAAGCAAUUUCACUCUGAUGACAGAAAACUCCAUUCAGGUGGUCAGCUCUGAAAUAAUAGAAGGGCAGCUGAAGAAAAUUAAAGGUAUUGGAGUUGUGGAGGAUCCAAAAAAUCCAGCCAAGUUAGGAAUAAGUUAUUCCUAUGUCCUGCCCUACUCCCCUUACUGGAUUCUGGCCACUGACUAUGUGAACGUGGCCGUGGUCUACUCGUGCACCGAUGUCUUCAGGUUCUUCCACGUGGACUUCGCCUGGAUCCUGGGACGAACCUGAUCUCUACCACACGCCACUGUCAUGAGAGCUAAAGAGAUCUUCAGCAACAACAACAUUGAUGUGAGCAGGAUGAUUGACAGCAUGCAAGUGGGCUGUAACAAAACUCUCUGAGGCAGGCGAGAUUUUUUUCCAAACCCAGAAUAAUCUUUGAUUCAUUUGAUGAUAAAUGAAGAGGUUACAGUCAAGUCAGUCGUUAUCUGGAACACAGUAAAUGUCUACACUGUGUGUUGUGUUAAUCUUGAAAGUACACAAACAAGAAAAAAACUGCAAUUAAAAAAAUCCACUGCAUAUUGAACUAAGGCUGCACAAAUGUAUGGUUAAAUGAAUUUAGACUAUUGUACAUGAAUGAAUCAUUUUGAUUAUGCUCAUAUACAUGCAAACACUUUUAUGAGCGUAUAAACACAUAUAUGUUAAAAUAAUUGAAACUUGUUACAGGUCAUGGCUUUUAUGUACUGAGUGUGAUACUACAGAGUGAGAUGAUUCUGUGUAGUCGUUAAAAUGCUUAUUUUGUCAUCAUGAAAAUGGCUUUUGUCCCAGUUCCAGUAUAAAAUAGUGUAGACAUACUGCAGCAUGUCACUGAGUAAAUUGGCUGUUUCGGACGCAAAGUGGAUACACGCAACUUCUAAUUAGAGUUAAUAAAAGUCUGCGAUGGUCA